CCCCUGAGACGGAACGCCGGCCGAACCCCCCCAACUCCCCAAGGCCCCAACGAAUUCCGUUAUCUCGUCGUCCCUUCCUCCCGGCCUCCUCCCACCUCCACGGCUCCACCCUCUCCACCGCAGCGCGAGUUCACCGAUCGGGGCCUCCUUCGCCGCACCCCGCGCGGCCGGACGGCGGAGAUCCGGUACCUGCGCCCCCUUCUCUCUCACCCCUAUCUCAAGGGACGUGUGCGGCCUUCGUGACGCUGAACUCUUGGAUCCGGCGGAGGUAGGGGAACCCGCGAGCGAUCGGGAGCGAUGCGGCAUCAGCGGGGCGGGAGCGUACUCGGGGGCGGGAGGAGGGGGGACGACCCGGGGAUCCUGACGAGGGCUGUGGACAAGGUGUUCCGCUUCGUCCGCCUCGCCGAGUUCGAGAUCCUCUUCGUCCUCUUCUUCCUCGUCGCCUUCCUCCUCUUCAAGGACCUCAUGUCGCGACCUGAAUACAAUCAGAUGUUUGUCAAGAAGCCUGAUCUGGAUGACCCCUGGCCUUAGAGAGUACAGAUCGUAUAAUGUUCAUAGUUGUAGCUUGGUCUUUUCUUUGAGUUGUAGCUUCUUUGAAGCCCGGUGUGACUGCCCCCUUUUUUGUUCAGGAACUUUUUUUUACUAUGACUAAAUAGACUAUUCUCUUCAGUGACGAUGAAUAUAUUUAGCAAGCUAUUUUCUUUA